AAGGGUUUCCCAUUCUGCAACUGUCAAUAGCAUCCCAUGUUAUCAUUAAGGUGGAGAUUAACCUGUGUCCAUAACCCUUUGCAGCCUCUUCCUGCUGCGCGUUUACUCCUGUGAUGCUGUGCUGAGGUGGGAGGAUGUCCCAUCACAGAUCUGGCGUACGGUGCAGGAGGGAUUUAUGCAGCUCCUCUUGCUUGUUACCUCCUUGUCUCAGUGUUAAUCUCCUUUUCUUGGCUGGCCCCGAGUUGAAAGGAGUGUGUGUGGAGGCAGCUAGAAAUAUAGGGAAGAUAAAAUCUUCACCUUUUUUAGCUUAUUUGUGAGAGGAAAUGAUGGAAUCUGCCUCCUCUCUUCCUUCAGUAAGAACAAGGCUUUUGCUCCUCAGCUGGGGCCAGGCAUAGGGUUAUACUUGCCCUUCAGCAAUUGUUCUUUUUGUCUUACCACUCUUCUGGCCUUCCUAUUUUCAGUUAAAAGGGGUACUAAACCUCUCUGACUGCACUGUGCUUAAAACUCUUCACUUCCUCACACGUCUGGUCUGUGGCUCUGUUCUUGCCUUGUCUACAUCCAAUACACUUGUCACAUUCAGUGCACGGCCUUCUGCACUGGGUCUUGCCAGAAUUUGGUGUGGCCACGGCAGCCACACCAAAGCAGCUGGAUAGUUGUGCCUCUUGCUUCAGGUGCUUGCUCUGCUAUUUGGAGACUGGUUUGAGCCCAAAGACCCAGAGGUUGUGCUCUUAGUUGACAGAUUUGUGCAUUUAUCAACAUUUUAUGCCAUGCACAAUGAGCCGUAUUUCCCACAUGCUGUACCUGUAGACUUCUCAAAGUCUUUGCUCAGAAUCCUACCGAAUUCCUCUUCAAACAGUGUUUCCCAGGUGCCUGGUGGCAGGCCUGACAGCCAGUAAUGCAUCCACCCAGCAUGGCUUGCAGUAUGUCCUCCCUGCAAAGCUUCUGGUCUGCUUUAAAAAUGUCUUAUAAAGUGCUAGUCAGAUCCUACACUACUUCCUGGAAAGUUUUGCUGCAAUUAGGGAAUAGCAAAGCCAGUACAGUAGGAUGAGGAUGUGAAGGUGUGGCUUCAGGUAGACUAGGAUGUGCCAGCACGUUGCUGGAGGUAUGCACACAGCAACCAAAAUGUACAGAGACUAUACUUCUGCAAAUGACUUAUUGCUCUGGAUCUCCAAACAGAGCUGUACACUAUUGUAUGAAUGUGCUCUCAAACUCUCUACUGGUCAGGCACAUGGGGCAGGUGUAAGCCUCUAGGGGAGCUGUAAGGAAGUUGAGGUCAAAUCCACCUUCCAGGCUUCUGGAGGUAUAAUUCUUUCAGAUAUAUAUCAUUGCAGAGCUUCUGAAAGGUUUUCAGUGAGAGUUGAGUGGAACUCAUCAGUAACUCAGGAUCUGCAUUACAGAAUACAACAGGAAUCCAGAUAAAUUCUGAGCUUUGGUUUCCAAGCUUGGAUAAUGGAGAGUUACUGACUUGAUAACUUUGUAAUUUAUUAUUGGUGGUGUCAGGCAAAAAGUCCAUUUCUGGUAAAAAGAGAACAUUGUGCAGAGGUAGUUCUGUACUACUCUACAUGUAUUUGAUGGGUAGUUCUGGGAUUUGUGUUGAUGCUUGUUAGGAAAAUUCAGAAUUGGGAAACACUUGAGGAGGUCAGCUGAUAGUGUGCAGGUAGAGCUUGGGCUAUGGAACAUUUGGAUAGCCAGUGUGUUAUGGUGGAUUUCCUAAGAGUAUGGAACAGACCUAUGAAUAAUUAAAAGGACUGAUUAGCUGACUUGCUAAAUUUGCAAUUUGGAAUGGAAAAUUUUCCUCUUGCAAGCUACUUGUGCACUCUUUGACUAAAAUGCUAUUUCUCAGCUCUUCUGCAUGACCGAAAUCUCAGCACUGGUGGUGCUCAUGCACUCCUUGCUUUUUCUUUAUCUGCUCUGGUGUUUCAUUGACAAUGACUGCAAACACAUAAUUUACUUUCCCAAUAUUUUUAUCUUGAUUUUUCUGUCUAGUUUUCCUCCUUCAUGGGGCCAUAUGUUAGUUAUGUUUUAAUUGUCCUUGUAUACUUAUUAUGACUAUUUUUUAUUUAAGUUGCUGUCUUUGUUAUUUUAUUUUUACAUUCAGUUGCACAUUUAUUUUCCAUAAUAGUUUGGAGAUGAAAGUCCUUAACAUUUUUGUUUUUAUGUACUAUGCUUUCAGUGUUAUAACCAUACAAUUGUGACUACUCAUGGUGACAUAUGACUGCUAUGAAUGUUGAGCCUUUGCAAUGCAUUUUGGAGGUCACUACUACACAUUUGAUGUUUAGGAGGUUGACAGGUAUGGCUGUAGGUAAGUGGUGGUUGUGGAGAGUAUUCUUUGGGUGAGCUAUGGGCUAAGCGGUGUGCCUUCUAGACUGCAGAGGAAAGCUGUACAGAAGGACAGUAGAAGGAAGUUUAAUAGAGAUUCUGGACUGUGAAGAAGAGUGUCUUGGUAGUGUUUACAUUUGAGAGGAAUUUCUCCAGGGCAGGCAGGUAGACUUAAUAAAGGACGCUUUUAGGUGACUGUAAACUACAGAUAUAUAAAGUAAGUGUAAUUACAUGUGUAAUUGCUCCCUGAUGUGUUCUGGGUGAAAGAAAGAUAAUGUCAAUUAACAAGAAGCUAUAGGAUAUUUUCUCAGUACAAGUAUCACUCUAUACACUGAUGAUGUAGAACUUUAAAUGACAUCUAGAUCUCAAGUGCAAGAAACUACACGUGUACCCAUCUGCAUGUCUCUUUUGCAGUGCUAAAAUCCUCAUGGACUUCAGUUAUGCUUACAUGUUGUGGGUACAAGAAGAAGCUCUGAAUCUGUUCAUUCAACAGAAGUUCUUUUUGGGUGGGGAAAGAGGUUUUAUGAUUGCACUUUACACUUGGUUUUCUUUGUCCCUUUAUAUGACAGAAAGCACAGCAGAUAAAUUGCAGCUGAAGUGUUACAAGGUUUACUGGAUCACAUUCCCAAAAACUGAACAAAACUAUUAGAAAAGUAACUCACAAAACAAUCUGAAGUAGAGAUGAGAAGUGUGGUUUCCACAUGUAGCCACAUAAAGUGUUUCUAUCUCACUUUUACUUGUAAAAUCAGCAAACGUGCAGGGAAGCAACUGGAACUUCCAAGUGGGAAUAUGGGGACUAUUUGGACUGGCAGUGCAGAAACCAAACAAGUCAUUGAUUUUAUUGAAUGGUCAAAUAUUAAAAAUCUUAACUUUUUAUGUAAAUGCACAGAUGCAAUAUAAAACCUUUGACUUCUGCAGUACAAUGUAUUGCAGGGUAUUUUAAGAUAAGCAUAGAGGCCAGUCUAACUAAAGGAAGGUGUUAAUAAGAUACCAGAUUAAAAAAACAAAAAGGCUGCAAAGGGUUAAUAUAUUUCAGUCUUUUCUCUCAUCUCAUUUUGAAUUGCUUUGUUAUGUUGUGCAGUUAAUAUUAGAACAGUAGAGCAAGACUUAGAAAUCGGUGAAGUGAACCAGCAUCACAGCUCCGAGGAUGGGAGGCCCUGAAGCAGCUGCUGAGCAGUCUGAGUCUUUGCAGCAGUUGCACAGGAGGGGAGAGGCAAGCAAUAACAAUUAUAGCUGAGUCUGGGUGUGCAGCUGCUGAAUGUCACUGCACCCAAUUGCAACUCGUUAGCACAUAUAACUCUCCAAAUUUAUUUUGCCAUCUCCCUGUUGGCAGCAAUUAGAGUGGGCUGCCAUGAAGAAAGGAGAGAUCUCAUUUGGUUCUGGGAAUGAUCACUGCAUCGGUCAAGACGUUAAUUGGCUGACUUUGAAGCAGUGCUACUUUAAUUGACAAAGAAAGGCUGUAGUAUAAAAUCCUCACAGAGCCUUACAAGCUUCCCAUGUUUUUCAAGAGGUGUUAUUACAAGAAAUGGGGCUGUAAUGUCUGUAAAGCUGAGACUCAUUUGUGCACAUUUCACAAUGGAAGUCUGUCGCCUAUGUUAAUUUGUCAGCUUCUUAUUGUUGAGUUUCUGGGUCUUGCCUAAUCAAUUUGGGGAGACCACACCUCUUUCUGCUGUGUUGUCAAGCCGGACCCAUGCCUGGCUAGCUUCUGCAUAACAUCACGUGGGGACACAGGUCCUCUAGUGACAUCAGACCAUCAGUUUGUUAUCUUUGCUUCUACAGUUUGGUGUCAAAAAUACACUGCUGUUCUCUCAACACAAGGGAUUCUCAUCCUGGUUAUGUCAGUGGCUUACUAUAAUGACAGCUUCUGGAUCCUCUAAGAGCUCACGUCUUUCCCAAGCAAUGUCCGUGUUACCUUCCAGUCUUGGGAAGUGCUGUCCUGGCUUACUGCAAGUGCCAAAGCCCUUCAGCUUCUGCUGUAGUCAGUGGCAAUUGGAGGUGCUUUUCACUUAUGAAAAGGCCUUCUUCCUUGAGGUGCAUGAUGAAGAGGUCACAUAAUGAUGUGACUUGUGAAGAUAAGUCUUCAUAGUAGAAGAAGAAGGAUGUCAAUCCUUUCACAGUGUCCCCAAGAUGAAAUGUCUGAAUCUGGGCAGUCCUCAGCAGCUGCCACGCCGAGCACCACCGGAACCAAGUCCAACACUCCCACAUCAUCUGUGCCCUCUGCUGCUGUCACACCCCUGAAUGAGAGCAUCCAACCCAUCAGUGAAUACAAUGGCACAACCAAGAGCAACAAGAGGACACGAGAAAAGCGGAACAGCCGGAACAUGGAAGUCCAGGUCACGCAGGAGAUGAGGAAUGUCAGCAUAGGUAUGGGAAGCAGUGAUGAGUGGUCCGAUGUUCAGGACAUCAUAGACUCCACUCCUGAGCUGGAUAUGUGUCAAGAUCCCCGCCUGGAACGCCCUGGGAACAGCCCAACCCAGGGGAUUGUGAACAAAGCAUUUGGCAUCAACACAGACUCUCUCUAUCAUGAACUUUCCACAGCAGGAUCUGAGGUGAUCGGGGAUGUUGAUGAAGGAGCAGAUCUGCUAGGGGAGUUCUCAGGAAUGGGCAAAGAAGUAGGCAAUCUGCUGUUGGAGAACUCACAGCUACUGGAGACCAAAAAUGCUUUGAACGUUGUGAAGAAUGAUUUGAUUGCCAAGGUGGACCAAUUGUCUGGAGAACAAGAAGUACUGAAGGGAGAGCUUGAGGCAACGAAGCAAGCCAAAGCCAAAAUGGAAACCAGAGUGAAGGAGCUGGAGGAAGAGCUGAAAAGAGUGAAAUCUGAAGCGAUUGUUGCCCGACGAGAGCCCAAAGAAGAGGUGGAGGAUGUAAGCAGCUAUCUCUGUACAGAAUUGCAGUGCUCCUCCCCUCUGCAGGACAACAUUCCCAUAGCUCAGCGCCGACGCUUCACCCGUGUAGAAAUGGCCCGGGUUCUGAUGGAGCGCAAUCAAUACAAAGAGAGGUUGAUGGAGCUCCAGGAGGCUGUCAGGUGGACUGAGAUGAUCAGAGCUUCCCGUGAGCACCCAUCCGUCCAGGAGAAGAAGAAAUCCACCAUUUGGCAGUUCUUCAGCCGUCUGUUCAGUUCCUCCUCAAGUCCCCCACCAGCGAAGAGGACCUACCCGUCUGUGAACAUCCACUACAAGUCUCCAACCACAGCAGGGUUCAGCCAGCGACGCAGUCACACCAUGUGCCAGAUCUCCUCUGGCAGCCGCACCCUGGAGUUCUUCCCUGAGGAUGACUGCACGUCCUCAGCACGCCGUGAGCAGAAGCGGGAGCAGUACCGCCAGGUCCGGGAGCACGUGCGGAACGAUGACGGGCGGCUGCAGGCCUGCGGCUGGAGCCUCCCUGCCAAGUACAAGCAGCUGAGCCCCAAUGGUGGUCAGGAAGAUACUCGCAUGAAAAAUGUCCCUGUGCCUGUAUACUGCCGCCCACUUGUAGAGAAGGACCCAACCAUGAAGCUCUGGUGUGCAGCUGGAGUCAAUCUCACUGGAUGGAGACCAUUGGAGCAGGAGGCUGGGAAUGGGCAGAAACUGGAUCCUGGACGGGAUCCUCUCACCUGUGAUCGGGAAGUGGAGGGUGAGAACAACAAAAGUAACCAUACAUCCCCUGAAAAGAAAAAGGCAAAGGAGUUCCAUGAAAUGGAUGCCACGUCCAGUCGUGUCUGGAUCCUCACCAGUACCCUGUCAACAAGUAAAGUUGUAAUCAUUGAUGCCAAUCAGCCUGGCACAGUGGUGGACCAGUUCACUGUCUGCAAUGCUCAUGUGCUCUGCAUCUCCAGCAUCCCUGCGGCCAGUGAGAGUGAUUAUCCUCCAGGAGAGAUCUUUCUGGAGGGAGAUGUAAAUCCUGAAGAGUCGUCUGGAACAGAUGGUGUCUUGGCAGGAAUCACUCUGGUGGGCUGUGCAACUCGCUGCAAUGUGCCACGAAGCAACUGUUCCUCGCGUGGUGACACACCUGUGCUGGACAAGGGACAGAGUGAAGUGGCUGCUGUCUGCAAUGGGAAGAUCAACCAAUCUCAGUCUACAGAGGAGGCAACAGAAGCUACAGAGGUGCCAGAGAAUGGUACAAGUGAGACAGAGCCCGUUCAAGCCCGUUCUGGACCCCUCACAGAGCACGUGUUUACAGACCCAGUCCCUGUACAGGCACCUCUUCGUCAGAACGGAGAGAAUGGGCAGCUGAAGACAGAGUCGAGCACAGCACUGCCAGAUCAGGAGCUGAAUGGGGAUGCUGCUGGGACGUGCACCAGUGCUGCCCCCACCAUGUGGCUGGGAGCACAGAAUGGCUGGCUUUACGUGCACUCUGCUGUAUCUAACUGGAAGAAGUGUCUGCACUCAAUAAAGCUAAAGGACUCCGUGCUGAGUCUAGUACAUGUGAAAGGAAGGGUCCUCGUUGCUCUGGCAGAUGGAACACUGGCCAUAUUCCACCGAGGAGAAGAUCGUCAGUGGGAUCUCAGUAAUUACCACCUAAUGGACCUUGGUCACACCCACCAUUCUAUCCGCUGCAUGGCUGUUGUGUACGACAGAGUCUGGUGUGGCUACAAGAACAAAAUCCAUGUUAUUCAACCUAAGACAAUGCAGAUUGAGAAGUCCUUUGAUGCCCACCCUCGGCGCGAGAGCCAGGUGCGACAGCUGGCGUGGAUUGGAGAUGGAGUGUGGGUUUCCAUCCGCCUGGAUUCCACCCUGAGGCUUUACCAUGCCCACAGCCAUCAACAUCUGCAGGACGUUGACAUUGAGCCUUAUGUCAGCAAGAUGCUAGGUACUGGAAAAUUGGGCUUCUCAUUUGUACGGAUUACAGCCCUGCUCAUCGCUGGCAAUCGUCUCUGGGUAGGAACAGGGAACGGUGUUGUCAUCUCCAUUCCAUUGACUGAGACUGUAGUCCUCCACCGAGGCCAACUCCUUGGGCUCCGGGCCAACAAGACUUCACCCACCUCUGGAGAGGGCAGCCGCUCUGGCGGGGUCAUCCAUGUGUAUGGCGAUGACACCAGUGACAAAUCUGCCAGCAGUUUUAUUCCCUACUGCUCCAUGGCUCAGGCACAGCUCUGUUUCCAUGGUCACCGCGAUGCUGUCAAGUUCUUUGUCUCUGUGCCUGGCAAUGUCCUAGCAACUUUGAAUGGGAGCGUGUUGGACAGCCCCUCGGAGAACCCCAGCACAGCAGCCACAGAGACCGAGGGGCAGAAGCUGAAGAACGUCCUGGUGCUGAGUGGAGGAGAAGGGUACAUUGAUUUCCGGAUCGGGGAUGGAGAAGAUGAUGAGACAGAGGAGAAUGCAGGAGAUGCCACCCAGGUGAAGCCAGUACUUUCUAAGGCAGAAAGGAGCCACAUUAUUGUGUGGCAGGUAUCCUACAUCCCAGAGUGAGAAUUUCUCCUUUCCUACCAAUGUAAGUGUCCCUGUUCCCACCUGAAUGCCACGAUGUACAUACAGAACGCCUGCAUUAUUCCUACUGCUGGAAACCGACCCCAGACAACUGCAGCGGCUCCUGCCUCAGACUGUGACCCCUUUGUAACCUCUGAACUUGCAGCUUUCAUCUUGGGCCCAUGAGCUUUCUGCGUGGUUGGAUUAUUGUUCUGCUCUGGAGCUGGCGUCUACAAGGAGAGAAAUGACAGCGCAUUGAUAACAGUGAAGCUUGGAGCCAGAGCUGUGCAAAAGCUUUGCCCAGGGCUGGGGAGCUGGACAGGUGGUGGGUCUGGUUCUCCAGCAGGAUGCCUUGCUCCCACCUGCAUGAGAAGUAGUACAGCACCCUGGCAUCCCCGCCAAAGCAGCGAUGGAGGAUCACAACUCCUACAGCACCCCAGAAGAAAUCCUUCCUUGUUCACCAGUGGACUUUCCACCUUAUCCACUAUGCACAGAGUGCACCCGAGCAUAGAAUAAUAUCCCACAGACUGACAGCAGCCAGGUCCAUGGAGCCUCAAUAGAAAGGAAUGUCGAGGUUGGGAAGUGCUUUUGCUGUUUGGCUGGAGAAGGUGGCAGGGCCAUUAGUGCGGGGAACGCAUCCUCCACACUUGCAGAUGGAAAAUCUCCCUCCUCUUCUGCUGCUUUUAUCAUAGCAGUAGUGUGCUGGGUGACUGCAUGUGUCCAGAGGGGUUGUUUGGUAGCCUCAGGUGGGUGACAGAUGGUUGAUUGUGGAGGCCAUGGGGCCUUUCAAAACUAUUAACAAAGAAGUACUGGAACCCUGUUAUUUUGAAGGGGGAAAAGGCAGUGAUUUUUUAACUCCCCAAAAAAAAAAAAGUCAACCAGAAAAGAAUUGAGUUCAUUCGUUUUGUGAGCCUGAAAGCUUUAGGAGAAAGUUAUCUCUUCGUAGGAUUUAUUGGCUUUUAAAAUAGAGGCAAUGGCAGAUAAUGUUGGUGUGCUAUGAAUUCUGCAUUAACACACUGAGAUUACUUUGACUCAUCAGGUUCCCAUCCUGCUGGAAGGAGGUGGCUGUUUUCCUUUACACGGUGGCUGUCAGGUUAGGAAAGGCUGUGUAGGUGCAGUCAAGGUGUACAGGCUGUCUCUUGCCUGAGGUCUUGAAGAUAAGGGAAUUGAGGCCAGAUCUCCCAGCUCCUUUUACCCAGCAUCACAAGCACUGAUUGACUUGGUUAGCGAGUAGUUUAAAAAGCUGGAUCUCUGUUACUGCUCUAAAGAAUGACAGCCUCUGAGAGAAAUUCUGACUGCGCUCCUUGUGCAAGCUGUGUGUCCUGCUUAGAGGAGAAGCAGCCAAAAAUGCAGCCAGGGAGAACAGUUUUAAGCUCCAUAUUCGAAGUGUGGCAGCUCCAGAUGUAGAGGCAGUGGUUUGUUUUCCCCUUCUGACAGUUGCAAGUCCUUUCUCUACAAAGACUAGCUGUUAGCAAUGAAUUUAGAAGAUCCUGGAGGCUGUCUUGUUGGUUUCCUGGAUCUCCCAGGGGUGUCCACCUCCAUCUCUGAGGAAUAUGGCCUGUGCUUGUUGACAUGGGCCAGGCUGCUCCCAAGCCUUGUGGUCUGCAGCUGUUUGUGUGCUGCAGGAACACAGCAUUCACUGGGGAAGCUUUAACACCUGUCCUCAUUCAGCAACCCUGAAAUGCUCUUUGGAUCCUCAGUUCCAAAAAGGCUCGGGCACACAGUUCCCAUCCAGGGAGGCAAGAAGACCUACCCAGAGUGCAGAGGCCUCAGCCAUCAAAGUAUGGGGCCACGGUGCUUCCCACACUGCCUGAGCAGCUGGUGACGUGCAGACCCACGCUGCUCCUUGCAGAGGUAGGCAGCCAGCUGGGCUGUAUCUUCAAGCCAGCAGCUUGCCAGGAUUUGUGGCUUGCAUUUGGCUGACUCUGCAAGCAGCCAUUCAUGUAGAGGGGAAUAUUUGAGAGGAGACAUCUCACUGGGGCAAUGCUGACCAUGCCAGACGCUCACUCAUAUCUCCAGAAUGCUUUCUGCUAGAACAGGCUCUCUGGGUCACGGCACAGGGUGCAAUAACAGAUGUUUAGACAGCAGAUUCCACAGAUAUCUAACAGUUAGAGCCAGGAAAAUGGCAUAAUUUGGUGUCAUUUAAUGGCAAAUGCUAUUCUUUAGGUGUGUCAAACCUUCAGCGUAAAAAUACAGGAUUGCAACGUUCUUACCUCUUACAAUUUGUUCUCUAUCUGGUUUUAGCAGUAAAAGUGACAAUAUUCAGUCUUCUGUCACCCACUGGUCCAUGGCAACAUAAGGAAACCACUCUCGGGCCUCUGCCAGCAGGUUCCUUCCCAGUUUGGUGCAUGGUUUCCUUCAAGAGAAGCACACGUGUCAGAGGGGUGGCUCCAGCUCAGCCUCUGCUAUCAGCUCCUGUUGGGAUGUGGUGGCUGCUGGGCAGCAAGGUGAGAACUGACUGGCUUCAACACACUUCCCUGUCAUAUCUCCACUGUGAUGUAUGUAAAGUAUCUUGUAUGUUACAAAAGGAUUUUAAAAAGUGUCUUAAGGCCUGUAAACUCCGCUGUUUGGUCUGAAGAUGGCAUUCUGUAAAGAGACCGCUGUAUGAAUACAUUCCCGUGCUUUUUUCCCUAUGCUAUCAAACAACAAACCAUAUCUGUUCUGUAUGUAAUAAAUGUGUUAACAUCAGCAA